CCCUCCCACUCACUCACUCACUUCUUUCAUGUGAUGAAAUAUCCCUGCAUCAAUCAGGCCAGGUUAUUCCACACACACAUCUCUUCACAAACCGUGACUUCCUCGCUGGGGUUUCCAAGGAAGAUCACAACUGUCUGGAAUUAAAUUCUGUUCAAAAUUAAUGAUUACGGAUAUGGGGUGGGUGGGGGAAAUGUGUUUUAAAUGUUAAUUCUUCAUUGUUCGUAUUCGCAACAGAAAACAGAAAUUGAAUGUAUUUCUUAGAUAAUAGAGACGACAUUGUGUUAAACGGACCGGACAAUGCUGAGAAAGACACUGUUGUUGUCUGGGAAUGGAAACCACACUCAGGGAAGCAAAUCGGAAAAUCGUCGACUUUUAGAAGAAUGAGGAACUAUUUGAUCAAAGAUAAAGCCGCUGGCGACUUGUACCCGGAGAUUAGUGUGAAUCAGAAUACCCUUGAUCUAACAAUUGAUAAACCCACAUUUAAAUCGGCGGGAAUUUUCACUUUGACUCAAACAAAACUAGGAAAGCAAAUCCUGAAACAAUAUGAAAUAUUUGUGAUGAAAGUUGAGGCAAGUCCACAGAGGCCUCUGCUGGGCAGUGACGUCACACUCAGCUGCACCAUCUCCAGACUCUCAGAUACAGUCAGUCUUCACUGGAGACCCAUGGACUCAUCCCAGCAGAACAGGAGCAACACUGAUCAGAUCCGCCUGGAUAACACGGUCUAUCUGAUGGUUCAACACGUUACAGUGGAGGAUGGGAAGCUGUAUGUGUGUGAAGUGCGGGAAAACGGAAACAUUCUUCACACAAGUAACGGAGAUUUUACUGUAAACACCAGUGAGUGCAAACACCUCCCAUUGGAUAUAGAAACAUAGACAAUAGGUGCAGGAGGAGGCCAUUCGGCCCUUCGAGCCAGCACCGCCAUUCAAUGUGAUCAUGGCUGAUCGUCCCCAAUCAAUAACCCGUGCCUGCCUUCUCCCCAUAUCCCUUGACUCCACAGGAACUGAUCCUGAAUCUAUUGAACAUUGUAAAAUGAUCACCAAUGCAUCCACUAUUUCUAGAGCCACCUCCCUGAGGACCCUGGGAUGCAGACCAUCAGGUCCAGGGGAUUUAUCAUCCUUCAGUCCCAUUACCCGACCCAAUACCAUUUGUCGCCUAAUGCAAAUUUCUUUCAGUUCCUCUACCCCCUUAGAUCCUCUGUCCUCCAGUACAUCUGGGAGAUUGUUUGUGUGUUCCUUAGUGAAGACAGAUCCGAAGUACCUGUUCAACUCUUCUGCUAUUACCUUGUUGCCCAUAAUAAUUUCACCGUGUCUGCCUUCAAGUGACCCACAUUUGACUUUGCUACUCUUUUUCCCUUAACAUAUCUAAAGAAGCUUUUACUCUCCUUCUUUAUAUUCCUCGCCAGCUUCCCUUCGUACUUCAUCUUUUCAGCCCGUGUUGCCCAUUUUGUUUCCUUCUGCUGUCCUAUGAAAGUUUCCCAAUCCUCUGGCUUCCGGCUACUCUUUGCUGUGUUAUAC